AUGCGCUUCAAUGACGGUUUCUGGCUCCUCAAGAACGGCGUAAAGGGCCAUUUUGGCCUCCAGGUUGUGCAGGCUACUCCGAAUGGCGACGGCUACGAUUUACAGGUCUCAACGAAACUCAUCCGUCAUCGCGGCGAUACGCUUGCUGGACCCGUCUUGAGCAUCCGAGUGCACUCACCCACCGACGGAAUUAUUGGAGUAAAGAUUGAUCACUUCAGGCAUAUCGACCCGACCCCCAACUUUCCCCUCUUCCCAGACGACCCCCCAAUUCCGUCCGCAGCACUCACCCAGGGCACAGAUUCUUGGUCGCUGACAGCAGGCGACUUAACGGCUGACAUUACGCAGAAUCCGUACACUGUCACGUUCCGAUCACCCUCGCGGACGCUUACUUCCGCGGGAUUCAAGCAUCAGGCAGUAUAUGAUGUCCCAUACAAAUGGACCAUACGAAGUGCCGCGAACAGCUCUUGCCUUGCUACAGACUUAAGCUCAAACCCUCGACCAGAGCCGACGCCCGACACGGUGCGCUAUGUACACUCCGAGCUGAAUCUUUCUCCCGGUGAGCUCGUAUAUGGGCUGGGGGAGCAGUUUGGCGCAUUCGUGAAGAAUGGUCAGUCUGUGAGUAUCUGGAAUCAAGAUGGAGGUACCUCGAGUGAGCAGGCGUAUAAAUGUGUUCCUUUCUACAUCACCAAUCGGGGUUACGGUGUUUUCAUAAAUCAUCCUGGUGAGGUGGAAGUUGAAGUAGGUAGUGAGAAGGUCAGUAGAGUCGGCGUGAGUGUAGCUGGUGAAAGUCUGGAAUAUUUCGUCAUAUACGGCGCUACUCCACUAGAGAUUCUCGAUCGGUAUACUCGUAUGACGGGUCGCCCAGCGUUGCUGCCAACAUGGACAUUCGGACUUUGGCUGUCUACAUCCUUCCUGACUUCGUAUGAUGAGAAGACCGUGUCUAGUUUCCUGCAGGGUAUGCAAGAACGAAGCUGCCCCGUACGCGUGUUUCAUUUAGAUUGCUUUUGGAUGAAACAGUAUGAGUGGUGUUCGUUUACCUUCGACCCGGACAGUUUCCCCAACCCGAGGGCGUACUUGGAAGAGAUAAAACGCAAAUACAGCGUCAAAAUCUGCGUCUGGAUCAAUCCCUACAUUUCUCAACUUUCUCCAAUCUUCCAGGAGGCAGUAAAGGGAGGGUAUCUUAUCAAAAGGAAAGAUGGAACACCCUGGCAAUGGGACCUCUGGCAGCCCGGUCUAGGUGUUGUCGAUAUCACGAAUCCAGCAGCGCGGAAAUGGUACGAGGAUAAGCUUGAUGCUCUUAUUGACCUAGGGGUGGACACAUUCAAGACGGACUUCGGAGAGCGUAUUCCUCACGCUUCAGUAGUCUUCCACGACGGUUCUGAUGCCAUGCGAAUGCACAACGCUUAUUCACUUAUUUAUAAUGAACUGGUUUUCUCGGUGCUUGAGCGCCGUUUUGGGAACGGUGAAGCGGUUGUUUUUGCGCGAUCUGCAACAGCUGGUGGGCAGAGAUUCCCAGUGCAUUGGGGAGGCGAUUGCGAAUCUACCUUUGAAGCCAUGGCCGAAACGUUGCGAGGAGGUCUGAGUCUGACUGCCUCUGGAUUUGCCUUCACGUCGCAUGAUAUAGGAGGAUUUGAGGGCCACCCACCGCCGGAAAUCUACCAUCGCUGGGUUGCGUAUGGUCUCUUCUCAUCUCACUCCCGCCUGCACGGCUCCAUGUCUUACCGCGUUCCUUGGCACUACGGAGAAGAAGCAGCGGUUUAUAUGGCCCACUUCCUUGAUGCAAAGAGUAGGCUUAUGCCAUACUUGUAUAAUCUGGCCAUCCAAGCGCGGAUCAGGGGCCAUCCUCUCCAACGUGCCAUGUUCCUAGAGUUCAUGGCCGAUCGAACCACCCACUACCUAGACCGACAGUACAUGCUCGGCCCAUCAUUACUGGUCGCUCCCGUAUUCGUCCCGCAAGGCGAGGAUACAGAGUAUUAUAUCCCCGCAGGACGCUGGACAUCAUUUUUCCAUCCGAAUCGCACAGUGGAUGGUCCGACAUGGGUCCGGGAGGCUGUCCCGCUGAACGAAAUUCCAGUCUGGGUGCGGCCAGGAACGGUGCUGUGCCUGGGACCAAGAGGAGUAGGUCGGCCAGACUAUGACUAUGCACGUGGGCUGGAGGUGCAGGUUUACGAGUUAGCAGACGGACAGACAGUUCAGUCCGAUGUACCAGCUGGAAAUGGGGCCACUAUUGCCGGGACGGUGCGUGCUGAGAGGAGAGGAAGUGAGAUAGUUGUGAGCGUAGCUGCCGGUAACCUUGGUCUAGCAACUGUCAGGGCGUACACUGGCGGACAAGAAGUGAAGGCAGAUAUUUCCGAUGGUCAAAUGGAAGUCGCUCUCAAAUUAUGA